GUAGGGAGAAAACUCAAUCCCAAACUAACAUCAUCGUACCUGGAAUUUCCAUAUUAAGAAAAAGCUUGAGCUUUUUCGUACAUACAAAACUUUGCAUCAUGAGCGCGGCGAUCGCUAUGGCCCCUUCCCCGGCUCCCCACGAUAGACCGACUUAUGCUGAGUUGGCUCCUGCGACCAGCGCUGCGGGUACCACAUCUUCUAUGAUGACUGGAACUGCCGCUGCGCCGGUCUCAUCACCUUCCGUCCCACGCACUUUGGCUGCGAUUUCGGGCACACCGAAUGCCAAUACUUGUACUUCUACAUCGCAACGAACUACCAGCCGAAGUCCCACAAGAUCGGCCGCCCAGACUGCGGCAAAGUCUUCCCCUCCAAGCGCCACUCGAAAUGUGUCGGGCGGUUCUGCGCCAAAGAUCAUCGUGAAGAAGGAGCCUGGGUCUCCAGGUAUCCCGACCACCCGGCAUCGUCCGCGAAAGCUGGAUCUCUCCAAGAACACAAUCACCGGGUCGGGCGCUGCAACAGCACGCCCGGCAUUAGGAAGAGAAGGGCUCGGCAUUCAGGAGGUCGGCAUAGCGUGCUUAUCGCCUGGCUUCGUCACCCAAGAUCCCGUAAUGAAGGAACAUUUACAACAGAGCAUGAAUGUCAGAGAGCAGCAACGUCGUAUUAUUGAGGCCAGACUGCAACAGCAAUCCGCCAAGGGUGAUGGUCCCGAUACUGGAAGAGAGAAGGACUCUAUUUCUCAAUUUGCCGCAAAGACCCCAGGAAUGUCUCGACGAAACAAGGCCCCUCCGGGGUUGAGCAUUGUAGCGCCGUCCCACGAGCAGUUCGCCAACGAGCGGGUUAUCCAGUCCGCACCUUUGGGACAGACAUUUACUGGCCGCCAUAACCCGCAGCCCCUAACUCGACACCUUACCAACCAACCUUCCAAUCUGUCGAGCACAUCCCAUAUUCACCACAUUCCCGCCCACCAAACGGCCAAUCGUCUGCCCCCAAUCUCCGAUGUGUUUGGCAACCAGGGGCUCUCAUCGCAUUCCGACCCAAACAACCGAGCGUUGUAUCCUGGCUCGAGCCACAGACCAUUGGCUUCGCCGGGCCAUCCGCCGCCGGCUCCAUCACAACCACCCAUGUCGGGUCGCCCUCGAGAUUACAAGUCAGCAGAAGAAGUGCAGCAUGAAUUGUCCGGUGGUAGACCAGAGUUACUACCCAAGCUCGUCCACUACACGGGACACCAACCCCCCACGCCCCCAUCACCCCGAAAUGGGCCGGGACCCUUGGAUGCGGGCCGAGGUACGAGCAGGAGAAGAACUCGUGCCGAGUAUGAAGAGGGAAGCAGUCCACCUCUUGGUCAUGGUCCUGCAGCGACGCGGAGGGGGCCGUUUGGGGCUGGCCGGGAUAGUCCCGAGACACAACGACAGAAGCGGGAAGAGUUCCUAAGGUUAUGUGAGAGAGCUUGGGAUCUGUUUCACUCAUGAGGACUUGGCGAUCAUCUUCUCAGGAUGGAUCAGGUUGUUUUUUGUUGCAACUUCACGAAUUUACGCUACACCACGGCCCGAAAUACAUACCGCCAUAUUCGUAUAUCAGCCCCGUGGAGGAUUUUUGGGAGGCAAAAAGAAUGGUUUUGCUGACGGGUAAAGUCUUAGACCUAGGACUUGAUGCCCUGU